AUGGCUACACCAAGCCUGCGGAGCCGCCUGGCGCGCCUGGGCAAUGGGAAGCGGCCGGUGCUGAAACCCAACAAGUCUCUGAUACGGAACAACCCAGUCGGGGCGGGGCGCCGGGAACCUUUGAAGGCAACCUGUAUAACGGAGAUGUCCCUGAUUAUGGCUUGCUGGAAGCAGAAUGAAUUUAGCGACACAAUUUGUUCCAAGGAGAUCAAAGACUUCUUUGACUGUGCUUCGAAGCCUGAGGCAGAGCGGAAGCAAAAGGCAAAACAGGAGUUGCUGGGCCCCUCGGGAAUUUGA